CGAAAGUUUCCGGGUGAUUGGCGCGCUGCAUGGUGGGGUUCCGGAGAACGGACAUCAGUUUGAAUACAGACAACAGCUACUGCCAUGUCUAUUGGAGUGCCAAUUAAAGUUCUGCAUGAAGCAGAGGGCCACAUUGUGACCUGUGAAACCAACACAGGUGAAGUCUACCGGGGGAAGCUCAUUGAGGCAGAGGACAAUAUGAACUGCCAGAUGUCCAACAUCACAGUGACUUACAGAGAUGGGCGCGUAGCACAGUUAGAGCAAGUGUACAUUCGGGGAAGCAAAAUUAGAUUUCUCAUCUUACCAGAUAUGUUGAAAAAUGCUCCAAUGUUGAAAAGCAUGAAGAACAAAAACCAAGGUUCUGGAGCUGGAAGAGGCAAAGCAGCUAUCCUCAAAGCCCAGGUGGCUGCAAGAGGAAGAGGACGUGGAAUGGGACGUGGCAACAUUUUCCAGAAGCGAAGAUAACUUUGGACUGUCUCUCCUUGGUGAACUAAAAUCUGUCAGAAACUAAUUGUAUUGCGUGUUCCAAUAAAUGUGUUUCUUAGAAAA